AUGUGGAAAGCACUCUUGGCAGGGCUGUUGGCCCACGUGCUAGCUGAGGAGGAUGGCUCCUGCUUGCUGCAGGCCCAGCACGAGGCACACGGAAUGGACAGGCGCGCGAUGGCCGAGGCGAAGCAAAUGAAGGCCCAGCUGAGGCAUGCCUUGCAUGACAAGAGUUGGAACAAGGGCUUCUGCAAAGGCGAGCCCAUCACGGAGUACAACUUCAACGGCUUCAAGCACGGUGACGAGAUAAAGCCGAAUGCCAUCAAGGGCAUGACGAUCACGGCCACUCGCCGUGCCACAGAGCCGGAACCGGGUUUUGGCAAGCCUUGCCCGGGGCCCCUCCUGGUUUUAGACACCCGGGAGGAUUUCCGCAGUGUGGACAAGGACUUGCAGAGAUGCAAAGAUUGCCGAAUCGUCGUUUGGUCCAAGGACGGCAACCGGCGUAAGGUCAAUGACUGCGGGGAGCAUCCGGGCGUGCUGGUCACGAUCACCUUCAAGAAACUCCAAAGUUUGCAAGAGCUCGAGCUUUGGGACCUGGAGGAACCGACCUUCGUGGAGCUCUACGGCACCAAGAACCGUUUGCUGAAGAACAUCUCCGCCCCCGACGGUCCGGGCCAGGACGGCAACCCGGCGAUUUUGCAGCUCUUGACUACGCACGUGCGCACGAUGAAGAUCUACUUGGGAGGCUCUGGGGGAAUCCGGCGUUUUACUGCAUGCAAGGGCGGCAGCGUCUGGGGUGAUCCCCACAUCUACACCCUCGAUGGCGACAAGUUCGACCUCUAUGAGAACGGCACCUACACCAUAUUCCAGUACUCCGGCCAGAAGCUUGCGCAGCCUAAGCACAAGGGACGUGCAGAGGUGGACUGGAAGCUCUACUCCCACUACGGCGGCCCACUAUGGACGGUGCAGGGCUUGCUGCUGGAGGAUCGUUCCAUGGGACGCUUCCGCCAGGCACUGGAGUUAAGCAGCACGGACUGCGAGUGGCGCAGCAAGACGGGGGACCGUGGCCAUUGGCAGGUGCUGAGCGAGAGCGGCCACUCUGUGUCGUUGCUGGAGGACGAGGACUACGUCACAAGCUUCGAGUACGUCAACGAGAAGAAGAUCACGCUGCGCAUGAACGGGGAGCACGGCAGGAAGGACACGAUCGUGAUGAACACCGUUUGCAAGCCAAGCGGCAUCAAUCUGCGAGUGAGCAUGCCCAACAUGGCCGACAGCCAGUUCUUGGAGGGCCAAAUCAAUCCCGCCGGUGGUCAGCACAUGAAGUUCCAGACGAAUCAGGGCUGGGCAAAGUUGGGUGGCAGUGCCGAGGUUGCGGAGUUCCUCGAGGGCCUCGAGAGCAAGCAUGCCUUCAUCGCUGCAUCCUGCGAAGAUGCCGAGCGUGCCACGGCGGAGAAGCUGUGCAGCAAGCACUUGGGAGGGGAGAUGCGUGCGGCCGAAGGCAUCAAUGCACAGAUCUUCGAAGACUGCAUCUCCGACGUGUGUCGAGGUGGCGAGGAGUUUGCGGAAUCGGCAGCCGAGAUGCUGGCAGGCCUUGGCCAGUGA